UGAACGUCUCCCAACAAAACAUGUCAUUCUUCCGUCUUGCAGUCCGAAGUGUAGUUCGUCCCCGUAUUGUGGUGGCGGCUCUGCCUGCACGGAACCCAUUCUUGUUCCAAGCUGCGCGGUAUUCUGCCGCCGCGGCUCUGACAAAGGAACAGAUCACAUCUCGUGUUCUCGAUGUUCUGAAAGGCUUUGAGAAGGUCGACCAAUCAAAGCUCAAUCCUUCCGCAUCCUUCGCGGAGGAUCUGGGUCUCGACAGUUUGGAUGCUGUCGAAGUUGUAAUGGCAGUAGAGGAGGAGUUCGCCAUCGAGAUUCCCGAUGCUGAAGCAGAUGAGAUUAAGACUGUUGACCAGGCAAUCGACUACAUUGCGAAGACGCCAGAAGCUCACUGAUUCUAGCAUCUUGCAUCUUCUUAUCAUUUGUACUCAGGUCUCGUCAAUUGCAUACCUUAUUUCACUGUAAUUCUUUGAGGCUGUUCACGCCCAACAACAAGCCGGACUAUAUAUAGCUUCAACGGCAUCGCCAAA